ACCGAAUCAUACUGAAUGAAGACAUCAUCUAAAACAGCCACAAUCAUGACAAGAAUAUAUCUCCCGAUGUUCUUUCUCACGAUAAUAAACUUCCUGCUACGGGAAUCAUUAUCCCAAGUGGUCACGAUGGAGAAGAUAACACCAUAUAUCAAAGAUGCACGACUUGAGCCAGGAAACAUUUUCAAAACUAUUGAAAAUUUUAACAGUAUGGCAGCGCAAUGUUUAGUUGAGUGUGCCCUGAGAGCACAAUGUAAAUCAGCGGCCUAUAACCAGAAAGAUCACAUCUGUGAAAUGGGAGGUGAGCUGACUAGCCAACAGACUUCGUCUAGCUGGGAGUUGAUCACGGCUGACAGCAUUGCAGAAAUGCGUAGCUCUAGUUACCUUGGAUUAUGUAACAACCAUGACUGCCUAGAAGGAGAGGUCUGUUUCAGGGAUGAACCCAACAAUUCUUAUAAAUGUUUGUGCGAAACAGGAGCUGAUUGUCCAGGGAGAACCCUACAAUGUGCAGACCUUGGCUGUGAACUGCCAAAUAGUGUUUGUAUCUCACCACCCCUGGGAGACCCAUACUGUGUCAGUGUUACAACCCCACCGGCCCCUAUUCGAUGCGAAGACCUUGGUUGUGUUCUGCCUAGUGUCUGUAUCACACCACCAGAUGGAGAUCCAUUUUGCCAAGAUGUACAAACCACUCAGCAGCCUACCAAGGGAUAGUGCAGACAGUGGAUCCAAUAAUUAUGGACCUCAUGCUAACUUAAGCUUGGACGCAG